AUGGGAGAAGAUGAGACUUUAUACAGCCUGUCAACUAAAUAUUAUCACAUUACUCAAGAAAAAAGCAAAAUCUUUAAUUCCGAACAUCAAUCAAAUCCCAUUGAUAAUUCGAGAUCAUAUAAGCCAUGUCCAGAUAACGAAUGAGUUAAAAAUGAACAAUCAGAGAUGCCUAAUCAGUCGAGAAGUUCUACUGGAGUCACUACCCCAAGCCAAGCUCCUCUUGAAAUUGAGGUAGAGCUUGCCCGAUCAUUUGCAAAAGAAUUCAUGAAGAACACAAAUUAUUUAGAAGAUUUUUUAGAAGAAAAUUACAUUUGAGCAAAUAAAAGCCUUACUAUUAUUAGCGAAGAUUCAGAAAUAAAUAAACUUAGCAAAUCUAUCGAAAAAACUAUUAAACCUCAAAGCUUAGACUCCCAGAAAUGUUUGACUUUAAAAGUAAAAAAUGCCCCUCAGAACUCUUGACUUAUUCCUAAUUCAGAAAUUUCGAUAUAUUUCAACCAAAAUUUUCCAAAAUUACUAGGCGGUUAUAUAAAGAAAAAGAAGGAUCCAACAAUUUACAUUAAUGCGGUAACUCGUCUAAGCAUUACUUUGAAAAACGAUAAAUUUUUUAUAAAAGAAUCUGAAACAGUAAAGCCAACCGCUAUGAUAUUAAUUGAGGACAAAAAAAUCAUUGAAAGCCACGACAGGUUUCGGGUUGGAACAACAUUAUUUGAUUUUGAUUUAAAAUUUGGAGAAUCCAUUGCGCUCAGGUGUACAAAAGAAAAUGGUCGUCAGAUUUUGCAUAAGUGAAAUUGAGACGAUAACACUGCAAUAGUAAUAGGAAGAGGAGAUACAAAUUCAAUCUCAAUUGCAUUUCCCGAGGACAAAAAAAUGAGUAAGCGUCACUGUUCGAUUGAAUUUUUAGAAGGAAAUUGGGUGAUAAUAAACCAAAAAGCAAAGAAUGGGGUGUGAAAUUAUUUGCAUAAUAAAAAAACUAUGUCAGGAAAAUGUCAAUCAAGAGAAAUCGAAAUUUUUAAAUCCUCACAAUUUUCUUUUCAGAACGCCUUGUUUGAGGUUAAAUCAAUUAAAAUCAAUUAA